GGGAAGGUGCCGCGUUCACCACCACCGCGCGGUCUUCAGGGCAGAUAUUUCUCUCUCGCUCUGUGUGAUAAACACACACGAUACCUGCACGCGGCACGUCUGUUGAUAAGGAUAGUAGGCUUAGCGCCCCGUUGACCAUAGUUGGUACCGGGGGGAAAACAAGAGUAAGAGUCGCCUACUGCGUGACGUGAGUGAAAGAUGGUGGAUUAGGCCUGGGGGAGGCUUUGUGAGCGGACUUCAAACAGAGACAAACCGGAACCUGUCCCACUGAACCAUACCAGACGCCUCCGCCAUAAUGGUUCAAGUUCAACCGGCUGGUCGUUGUUUCUAGCGUUAGUUUAGUUUAGUGAAUGUGUAGAUGUGCGCGAAUUUACCCCACGUCCCGGCACUGAAUGAAAAGUGUAUUUAACAGUGCGAUAAGACAACUAGUCACGGCAAAGAGCGAGAGAGAGAGAGAGAGGAGUGAACAAUUUUCUACGAACGAUUGACGACGUCUAAUCAACUCAUUAUCAUUAGGAUCCUCGAAACGAGUGAAGCGAAAUAUCGAAGCAACCCGCUGAGACGCGGUGCGUAUGCGCGAAGCGUAAAGUGUGAUCUCAGUAGGCCAAAGUCGCUCUACAGGGAAGAGAGUGUAGUGUGUUGUUUAUUCAGUGUUUAGUGAGUAGCGGGUUUAGGUGAAACACAACAGAACAGAAAAAAAUGCCACCGACAGCCCGGACCGAGAAUCGAACCCGCGACGGCCAUGUGCUGGUGUGGGAGCAAGCCAACAUCGCCGACGGAGAGCCACCGACUGGACGGCGCUUCGGGACGCGGCACUAUGUCGUGUUUAUGCUGUUCCUGGGAAUGGCGAACGCGUACGUUAUGCGAACAAACAUGUCGGUGGCGAUCGUGGCCAUGGUGAACCAGUCGGCGCUGGAGAAGCACGAGCUGUUCGACGACGAGUGCCCGGACACGGACUACGGCGAGCAGGACAACUCCGACCACCAGGACGGGGAGUUUCUGUGGACGACGAGUAUGCAGGGGUACAUUCUGUCGUCGUUUUUCUACGGGUACGUGAUCACGCAGAUUCCGUUCGGGCUGCUGGCCAAGAAGUACGGCGCCAUGCGGUUCCUCGGGUGGGGAAUGUUGAUCAACUCGGUGUUUGCGUUUUUGGUUCCGGUGGCGGCGCGGCAGGGGGGUGCCCCGUGGUUGAUUGUGGUCCGGUUUAUUCAGGGAUUGGGCGAGGGUCCGAUCGUGCCGUGCACGCACGCCAUGCUGGCCAAGUGGAUUCCGCCGAACGAGCGAUCACGCGUUGGCUCGAUCGUGUAUUCUGGUGCCCAGUUUGGAACGGUUAUUUCGAUGCCGCUGUCCGGUCUGCUUGCUGAUCACGGUUGGGACGGUGGUUGGCCAUCGAUCUUCUACGUGUUUGGUAUCGUCGGAACGAUCUGGUCCAUUGCCUUCCUGUUGACCUGUCACGAGGAUCCGAUCACGCAUCCGAAGAUUGCCGAGGACGAGCGCAAGUAUAUCCAGCAAGCGCUGUGGGGCAAGGCCGGCGUCAACAUUCCUCCGAUCCCGUGGAAGUCCAUCUGGAAGUCGAUGCCGUUCUACGCCAUCCUGUUGGCUCAUUUGGGUCAAAAUUACGGCUACGAAACGCUGAUGACCGAGCUGCCUACCUACAUGAAGCAAGUGCUGCGAUUCUCCAUCAAAGCUAACGGAACUCUUUCUUCGCUGCCGUACCUGGCGAUGUGGAUCUUCUCGAUUGGAGUGGGCUGGGUGGCGGAUUGGAUGCUGACGUCGGGACGCUUCUCGCACACGAUGACGCGCAAGCUGUCCAACAGCAUCGGUCAGUACGGACCGGCGAUCGCGCUGAUCAUCGCGUCCUACACCGGCUGCAACCGCGCCCUGACGGUGGCCAUCCUGACCAUCGGUGUCGGCCUGAACGGAGGCAUCUACGCCGGCUUCAAGAUCAACCAUCUCGAUCUGACGCCACGUUACGCCGGCAUCCUGAUGGCCUUCACCAACUGUUCCGCUAAUCUAGCUGGUCUAUUAGCACCGAUCGCAGCUGGCAACAUCAUCGAAGGAAAGCCCACGAUCGCGCAAUGGAGGAUCGUGUUCCUGAUCGCGGCCGGCGUGUACCUCUUCACGGCGACCUUCUACAACCUGUUCGCGUCCGGCUCGCGGCAACCGUGGGACAACCCGGACAACGACGAACCACAGAAGCCGGCCUCGAUCGAAGCCCCCCACGAGAACGGCCACAACAACGGGUACAACAACGGAACGACGACGGCGACGCUUCGGACGACGACGGGUAUGGCCGAACAGCGGCAGUAGGGCGAGGUCGAGGGUUGUUUUUCGGUUUAUAAGAAAGACACUAGGCAAUAGGUAUUCUCUGUUCUAACUCACUACUCAUCUGUGUCUUUUCACCCCAACUACUUGAUCUUCUGAGGAACAACGCAAACUCACACUUGUGUGCACACUUUCUCGUACAAUUUCCCUGUCCCCACUCCUGAUUUGUUGCUUUAAAUUAACGUAAGGUUUUUUGAUAUUCUUCUACACAAUUACAACUUGUUAAUCGUUUUCAGUAAGAAUAUCAACACGAGUGAGUUUCUAGUUAGGGUUAUAUACGAAUACGUAUUUUGUUUUUUGGAUUGAGCGUCCACAGUAGAUGAAUAGAGUCGUAAUGGACCUCGCGAAAAGACUUGUGAUUGAGCUACUACAUUUAAUUGCUGGGGCGAAAACUGCCAUCCAUUUAACGAAAAAACAAACAAAAAACCACAAUCAAAGGCCAGACGAUAAAACACUGUUGUUUUUUUUAUAGGAGAAGUUUAAAAAUAGGGAAAAAUUAUCGCGUCGACCACCAAUUCCACAGUGCCGUAGUGUUGCGUAGCGCAGAAAAAGGACACGAAAAGACCCAAAGGUUGUGCAACCCCCGUCAGUCGUCAGUUUGCAUGAGAGGACGACCACUAUUAUAUUGUUGUGCCUUGUAAGGUGAGGAUAAACAAACACACACACAAAUCAUAUACAAUUUACUGUAUAGUCAGCUACAAAACAAAUCACGUAUAUUUUUUUUACUUUGUAAAUAUUUAAAACGAUCCAACAUCGAAACGUACGAAGAUAUAAGAGAGAAAACAAAAGAACAAUCAGCAAGUAGAAAUAACAUCCGUCGUUUCUCUUUCCGAGAUGAUAAUAAAAACUAACUUAAUC